AUGAGUGUAACGCAUUGCUUGCGAUCGAUGCGUCAACUGUUGCCAAUUCUUUGUCUGAUGGCAAUAUGCCAUGCAGAAAUUCCGGUCUUCGAGAUUGGUUCAUUCGCUGCGGAUACCGACACUAAGGUAGCACCGAGCCAAAAACAAGCUCAAUCUGGUGGAUAUGUUGUGGAGAAGCCCACCGAACAACUACCCGAACCCUCCAACCAAUGUCAGGGUGGACCGGACGAGUGUGGUUACGUGUACGAGCCACCCAAAUGUCCCUGGGAGGAUGGCCAAGCGCAAACGACCACGGAAACGACGACCGAAAUCCGUACGGAAACACGCGUCCAGACGGAAACGGCUACCGUAACCGAAACCAUUCCAACCACCAUCACGACUACGCUCACAAGUGCCACUCCGUUCUGUGGGGCGACCAACACCUACCUGCCACCGGAUACGACCACUACCUUACCACCGGAUACUAGGACGGUCACAGUAACGCAGCCACCUGUAACGACCACCAAGACACUGCCACCGACCACGACCACAAUCACCUCGCGCGGGACUCCAUUCACGACGGAGCGUACGAUCACACCGACCACCACGAUCGUCAUCAGUCAAACGCCGUUUGUAACGGCGACGCGUACCGUAACGCCUACCUCGACCAACAUUAUCACUGCCAGCAGCGUUUCGAUUACGCGCACGAUCACACCGACUUCGACGUACAUCUCGUACAUGCCUUCGACGACGAUCACGCGCACCGUAACGCCAACGUCCACUAAUCUGUACUACGCCGACUCGGUCACCGUCAACCGCACGGUGACACCGACGUCGACCAACGUCUACUACUUACCCUCGACAACGGUCAACCGCACCGUAACGCCUACCUCCACGAAUGUGUUCUACGCGGACUCGGUCACCGUUAACCGCACCGUAACGCCUACCAGUACCAAUGUGUUCUAUCUGCCAUCGACGACGGUCAAUCGUACCGUGACGCCUACCUCGACCAAUGUGUUCUACGUUGCCUCGGUAACGGUGAACCGUACCGUAACGCCUACGUCUACUAGACUUUUCUAUCUCGACUCGGUCACUGUGGAUAGGACGGUUGUGCCGACAUCAACCGUUGUCAUUACGCUGGACACGACACGCACACAGACUCGCACGGUAACGCCAACAUACCUCGUGCAGCAAACGGCUGACACAGCCACCGUUACUAGAACUCUCACGCCAUCGUUCGUCGUUACGGAAAGCGUACCUACGGUCACGCUUACUCGCACGUUUACUCCAUCCAGUAUGCUCACGACGACGGCUUCCACAACGAACGUGAUCACUCGCACGGUAACGCCGCAGGCAACGAGCACCACCACCGUUACGGCUCCUGUUCGUACGAUCACUCAGACCGCUUCAACUACCGUCACCGUAACGCCCAAGCUUUCGGUAACGCCCACUAUCUACUCCACCGUUACACUGCCACCGGUUAUUAAGACCGUGUGUGAGCCGGCCCGAACCUAUCUGCCCGAUCCAGGCGUUACGACCAUCACCCGCACCCAGACGGAAACGAAAACGGAAGUAUCGACGACCACCGUUAUCGCCUGCACGCCCACCAACGCGUACCUCCCGGUCAAGGAAACCGUAGCCGCCAACCAGCUGUCACCAGCCUUUGCCCGUGUGCCGAAUCUGCACCGCGAAGUACUACCGCCGCAGGACGAUGAACGCCAAAAUUUGAUCUGGAACGCUUAAUACACCAUCGUGUCAAGCGGAUAAACGAGAAGGAGAUUAGAGGAAGAAGAUGGAAACAAAAAAAAACAAAUACUCAUACCUUCGUUUGCUAAGUGUGGACUUGUGGCGUGGAUUCGUUCCCAGCUUCACAGUUCACAGUGAUUAGUUGUAGUAAGACCGUCGCUUAGGACACGUUAAAAAACAAUGUACAUAAAUACCGUUGGAGAGGACAAACCUAGAUCGUUGGAGUUGUUGCAUCCUUAUAUUCUCACCUUUUACAUCACUCUACUUGUGGCUCUCGAUCGCUGGCAAAAGUCGACCAGGACCGUUCACUGACUGCGCGCUUGUGCCCCCCCAUUUCAACACAACAGCGAAAACCAA